AUGUCAAAGACCCAACGUAGCCCAGAUCAAACGUAUCCUCUAGGUUCUCCACCACAGUAUAAUAUCCAACAAUCAGGCCCGUACGCUCCCAAUGUUCACCCGCCUCCAGGACCCCCACCGCAAUCCCAAUACAGGGAUAUAAGGCGCUUUGAGCCGAAGAAGAGGCUGAACGACCCAUUUUUCUUUUUCUUCUUUAUCGCACAGUUCCUUGGGUAUUGUGCACUGUCGGGCUAUGCCAUUCAUGAUUGGAUUAAACGAGGCGGACUCGGAGGAGGACCUGACGGGUCUGAUACCGGCACACGAUUCAGUCUCAAUCAGCAUACUGCCUACCUCCUUCUACUCGUAUCCGCCGCCGCUCUUUUGCUAUCCAGCUUCUUUCUGGGGCUCGUACGGGCCUUCACAAGGACAAUAAUGCACAUCACAUUAAUCCUUAAUAUCGCUUUGAACAUAGGCUUUUGUGCCUACCUUUGGUACAUGGUAAGCAAGCAUCUCGAUUACUCUGGAGCUAUUGUCUUCACAGUCAUCGCCCUCAUCAGCAUCAUCUCAUAUACAACUUUCAGGAGUCGCAUACCUCUUGCGUCCUUGCUGUUGCAGAUUGUGAUGGAUAUUGCGAAACAUCACGUAUCAGUUUACGCUGUUGCCUUUGGUGCUUUAUUCAUUCAAGCACUUCUCUGCGUGUGGUUUGUCUUCACCACCAUGGCAACUUAUGUCAAGUGGUCACCCGGAAACCCGAGCUGCGCAAAUGGAACGCCUUGCUCGAGUGGUACUGUCGCUGGUUUAGUUUUUUUUGAAACGUUCUCGUUCCUCUGGACCUCAGAAGUUGUAAGCAAUGUGGCCGUGGCAACACUAGCAGGUGGCCCGUUCGGUGCCUGGUACUAUUUUGGACCCCAAGGCGCAUACGACGGAGGAAUGCCUUCACAUCCAACUUUGUCCUCAUUGGGGAGAGCUUGCAGCUACUCCCUAGGCUCAAUUGCAUUUGGAUCGCUCAUUGUGACUCUUCUCGACAUUUUACGACUCGUGCUGCAAACAAUUAGGAACACUGCCAAUGCGGAGGGUCAUCCCGUGGAGGCUUGUUUGGCGGCAUGUGCAGAAUGUUUUGUCGGCUGUGUCGAGGCAUUGGUUGAAUACUUCAAUCGCUAUGCCUAUAUUCAGAUCGCACUCUAUGGGAAACCGUAUAUGGUGGCUGCCAAAGAUACUUGGCGAGUGUUCCAGGAUCGAGGGAUCGAUGCUCUUAUCAAUGACUCAAUCAUCGGCAUAACGAUGAUGUGGGGGGCAUACGGGGUUGGCAUACUUUCAGGGAUAUUCUCAUAUAUUUACUUGCGUUAUACGAAACCUUCCUAUAAUUCCGAUGGUCAAUAUACCCCAGUUGUCAUGUUCUUCGCGUUUAUCAUUGGCGUGCAAUGUUGCCUCACCACCAUUUCUGCCAUCGAGGCGGGGGUCUCCACAAUAUUUGUGGGUUUAGGCGAGGACCCAGCCGUUCUGGCUACCAGGGCACCGGAGCUAUUCGAGAUGAUCGCGGCAAAGUAUCCCAAAGUAGUUCAAGGAGUGCAUGGAUUCUGA